CUGGCGCAAAAUGGCUGCCGUCACAUCAUCCAGGUGGAUCCUGCACACUGGUGGUGGAUGAGGAGAUUCCCCCCAUAUGUGUAAACCGCUUUGAGUGCUCAGAAAAGCGCUAUAUAAAUGUAAGGAAUUAUUAUUAUUAUACUAAUUAAAACAGAACAAAACCAUGUACUAAUUGGCUUAAUAAACAAACUUAACUAGUUUAAAUGUAGACAAAGUCAAUUUUAACUAAGAAGUUGAACAAAGUAUAGGUUUUUUUUUUCCAAAUUCCUCUCGAAAUAUGAUCUCAGACAGAUUUUAUUUAUGCUAGUGUGAUUUGAAAACACUCAAACACUUUGUAAAUGCUCUUUACGAUACAACUAAUAAAGCAAUUUGUUUAUUCUUAUGCUGAAGAGAUAAUUGAAUUGAAUUCCAACAUCUUUGCUCUUAAAAUUAAGAGCGAGGAAGAACCAAAUAAGGUUUGUUUUUUACACUAAUGGUGUUACAGAACUCUUUAGGUGAUGAAAGACUCCUCAAAGAGCCAUGUUCAUCAUAACGUUAAGGACAUUUUAUAAUUUAAAGAAUAUUUCAUCACUUUAAAGCAUCUGUUGUGGACAGAGAAGUUUCCAUUAAUGUUAAAAGUUCUUUGUGGAAAUAUUGACGGCAGUGGAGUAGAUUGAUUUAAGCUUGCAGUGAUUGAUUAUUGUCAUUAUUUAGAGGUGAAGCAUUGAGUACAAACUGAAAACACUUUCAUUAAUAUGCUGUUUUAUUGUGUCAGAUGCUUAAUCUGUUAUCAUCUCUUAUAGUCUGGAUUAAAUAUUUAAAGGUGAGUUAUUUUGCUCAUGCAUUGGGUGUAUUAAUAUAGAUUUAUAUGUAAAGUGCGCUUACUUAUUUUACAGAUGUAAAUUAUGUAUUUUUAUGUUUAAAUUAAACAUAUGAUCUACACAUUUAAACAUUGCUUUCUUUCUAUAAAUUAUAUUAGAGAUUAUGAUCAUUAAAGGGGUCAUAUUGACGAAAUGUAGACAGUUAUCGAGGAUAAGAAACGUUUGUUUGUGCUUCAGCCAGUGGUGGCGCUCGUGCACCGCAAACAUGAUGAACAUCCGAGUCUGAGAGAAGACGAAGGAGAAAGCAUCAACAAUAGAGACGGGGAAUAACCGUUCACGAGGCUCUAAAUAUACUGUAUUUUUCUCACUGUUUGGUCAAACAGGAGGAAUUACAGCAGCAUUAUUAACUGACACACUAUAGUAAAGAUGGAGACUGAGGAAGAACCCUGCAGAAUAAAAGAAGAAGAAACAGAGGAACUGAUAGGCCCUGUGGAGGAGGAUGAAGAAACUCAACAACCUCAUCACUUCAUAAGUGAAGAUGGAAUUGCAGGCGUUUCACAGACUGAGCAAGAUUUCCCACAGACACAAGGUACACACGCUGCAGUUAAAGACACGUUCAUCUGCUCUGACUGUGGAAAGACUUUCGCGUAUAUAUCAACACUCAAAAAACACUUGGUAGUUCACAGCGGAGAAAAGCUGUUCACGUGCGAUCAAUGCGGAAAGAGUUACACGCAAAAAUCAACGCUGAACCGACACGUAAUCGUUCACAGUGGUGAGAAGCAGUUCAAGUGCGGUCAGUGUGGAAGGAGUUACAUGUAUAUAUCAGAGCUGAAAAAGCACAUGAGAGUGCACACCGGAGAGAAACCCCACGUGUGCUCUCAGUGUGGCAAGGGUUUUGUUUUUAAAAAGCACUUAAAUGCGCAUGUGAGGAUUCACAGCGAAGAAAAACCCUUCACGUGCGCUCACUGCGGAAACCGUUUCAAUUACAGUAAAGACUUGAUUGUGCACAUGAAGAUUCACACCGGGGAAGACAUGUUCGAGUGCACUCACUGCGGAAAAAACUUCACAAGUAAAGGACACUUGAAUGUGCACCUGAGGGUUCACACUGAAGAAAAACUCUUUGCGUGCACUGAAUGUGGGAAGAGCUUUAAAUACAAAAGCGCUCUGAAAGAUCAUCUGCACAUUCACUCUGGAGUCAAGUCGUUUAGCUGUGAUCAGUGCGGUAAAUCGUUUGCGUUCGCAUCCAACUUACGAACGCAUCUGAAAGUUCACACUGGUGUGAAGCCGCACAUUUGCUCGUUUUGUGGAAAGAGUUUUCUCCAUCUGAACAACUUAAAAGUGCACCAGAGCAUUCACACCGGAGUCAAACCUUAUGAGUGCUCUGACUGCGGGAAGUGCUACAGUACGUCAAGUGACCUAAGAAAACACCAGAGGAUGCACACUGGAGAGAGACCGUACAAGUGUUCGUACUGUGAACACAGUUUCGGCCAUUCGUCAGGACUGAGAGUGCAUGAGAGAACUCACACUGGUGAAAAACCCUAUCAGUGCUCGUCAUGCGGGAGGAGAUUCGCCCAAAUUCAUAACCUACGGGCUCACGAGAAAAGCCCCAAUGGUUGCCUGAAGUUUCAAAGUGAGCAGUCUUUAGAGGCUGAAGGAACGCUGAAGGAGAGUGAGUGAGUUUAUUUCAUUGUACUUAUAUUUUUAUAAAGGUGGCUCAGUGGUUAGCACUGUCACCUCACAGCAAGAAGGUUGCUGGUUCGAGUUCCGACUGGGUCUGUUGGCAUUUCUGUGUGGAG